AUGGUCACCACGCGCCGCCAGCAAAAAGAAGCAAAACCGCCCUUGUGGAAGGUCCUCCUGCUCGCGUCCCGCCCGAACACGCUCGCUGCAAGUUUCACGCCCGUGCUCGUCGGCCACUGCGUCACACGGCACUUAUUAGGAAGCGCCGCCGACGCAAAUAAAUCGUUCCGCUUCUGGGUCUUUGCGUGUUUGAUUCAAAUUGGCACGAAUUUGCACAACGACUACGCCGACUUUGUGAAGGGUGCCGACGACGAAAACAGGAUAGGACAAGCGCGGGCGACCCAAAAAGGCUGGUUAACACCGAGACAGACGGCGGGGCUCGCCACGCUUUCAUUAGGACUCGCGCACGGCAUUGGCGUGCAGUUAUCUAGAGAAGCGGGGCGAUGGAUGUGGUUCGUUACAUGGACAUCAGUUUUUAAUGCGGUGGCCUACACGGGCGGGCCCUACCCGCUCGGCUAUGUCGGCUUAGGAUGGGUGUCGCUCGGUUAUACGGGGCUUGGUGACGUGUUCGUUUUUGCGUAUUUUGGCGUGGUCGCGACGGUGGCGCCCUAUUACUUGUCGGGUGGCACGGGCGCUCCCUCACAACUGAUGGUGGCGGCCGUUUGUUUAGGGUUCCUGGCGACGGCUAUUAUUGUUGUGAACAACCUGCGAGACCGCGAGACGGACGCUCGAUGUGGCAAACGAACGCUCGCUGUUCGUUUUGGUGAGAUGUUCGCCGUCCGCGAGUACGUCAAUCUGGUGCGGUGGGCGCACAUUUUGACGUUCCUUUCACCGUUUUUAUUCGGCGCGCCGUACGCGUGGGCCGCGGUACCAAUACUUACGUCCAAGGCCGCCGUGGGCUGCUGCCUAGGUAUCAUGGAGGAGGACGGCGCGGCUUUAAAUCCCUACGUCGGGCGGACGGCGAAGCUGCAACUGCAGUUCGGGCUGCUGCUCGCACUGUUCACCGCGAUUGACCCGGGGGCGCGGGGUAGGUUUUUCUUCGGGUAG